CUGCCCUUCUCUUUGUAUGAUCCAUAAAACCACGGCGGAAAAAUCUUCAUCUUAACUCGGAGUACAAAACCAACUCAAUCAACCGAGUCGGCACGGUCAAUUUACUCAUUCGAAUCAAAAGCUUUUCUGCGUUAGUAUUAUCCUAAUAUAAGAUCGGAGAUUUAAAGCGCGUUAUUUCCGGGUGAAAGAGAAAUGGAACGUGUACGUGAGACAAAGCUAUGCACAACUGAAUUGGAAUCUGUUGAAUUUGCAAAUCAAAAUGAUUAUUUGAUGGAGAUUGGAUUAGGGAAUUAUGGGUGCUCGCAUUAUAGGAGAAGAUGUAAGAUUAGAGCACCUUGUUGCGGUGAGAUUUUUUAUUGCAGACAUUGCCAUAAUGAAGCUAAGAAUUCCAUGGAAUCUAAUCCUCUUCAUCGACAUGACAUUCCUCGCCAUGAAGUCGAAAAGGUCAUCUGCUCCCUAUGUGACACAGAACAAGAUGUUCAACAGCAUUGCAUCAAUUGUGGAGUCUGUAUGGGAAAGUACUUUUGUGCUAAAUGCAAAUUUUUCGACGAUGAUGUUUCCAAAAGCCAAUACCACUGUGAUGAAUGUGGCAUAUGCAGAACUGGCGGUGAGGAGAACUUCUUUCACUGCAGCAAAUGUGGAUGUUGCUAUUCAAAAUUUAUGAGGGAAGUACAUUGUUGCAUUGAGAGAGCAAUGCACCACAAUUGCCCUGUUUGCUUCGAGUAUCUUUUUGACACGAUGAAAGAUGUAACAGUUUUACCUUGCGGACACACGAUGCAUUUGGCAUGCUUGAGAGAGAUGGAGCAACAUUAUAGGUACUCUUGUCCGGUCUGCUCGAAGUCUAUCUGCGAUAUGACAAAACUGUGGAGAAAGCUUGACAAGGAGAUUGUCUCAACCCCAAUGCCUGCAAUAUACCAAAAUAAGAUGGUAUGGAUUCUAUGCAAUGAUUGUGGAGCCACUUCAAAUGUACAAUUCCAUAUUGUGGCACAUAAAUGCCCGAAUUGCGAGUCCUACAACACGAAACAGACACGUGGAGGCCCCGUUGCUGCUUCGUGCUCGACUGGAAUGUCCGAUAUGGUGAGAUGAUCACAGUUUUAACAAUGUUAGAUUGAGACAGAUAAAUGAUUUUUCCAUUAAAUUUCUUCUUAACUCCAUUGUCUUUGUCUCCGUAAACAUCAUUGUCAAUGCAUUGUGAUUAUAAGUCUGAAUACAGGCAGGACAGAAAGCUUGCAUGUAUUUGAAUUCAAAUGUUGUUGUUAAGUCCAGUUGUUAACUCUAGUUU